CGACACGGACAACAAGCAGCGGGGGCAGCGCUUUCUGCAGUGGGUGGGUGGAGGUACCAUAAUUGCUGUAGUUGCGGGCAUCUGCGGCAGACGACGACUGCAGAAAGGCAGAGAAAACUCCAGCUAAUUAAGCCGCAAUGUAGUAGCGGUGAUGGAAACCGGGGACCUUCUCGACGCCGCAUGGACAGCCGCGAUCAUCUGAGGACGCGAGUGUCGCGGCCGGAGCAGCGCAUGGAGACGGUGGAGCAGCUCGUGUCCUUCCACCACAUCCAGGUCCAGCUGCACGGAGGGGCUCCGUGGGGAUUCACGCUGAAAGGAGGUCUGGAGCACGGGGAGCCGCUCAUCAUAACAAAAAUCGAGGAGGGUGGAAAGGCAGCACAGUGCAGGAAGCUGCGUGUGGGGGACGAGCUGGUGAACAUCUGCGGUUCCGAGCUCUACGGUUCACGCCAGGAGGCAUUGGUGCUCAUCAAGGGCUCCUACAGGACCCUGAGGAUGGUUGUGCGCAGACGGAACGUACCGGUUAUCAGACCCCACUCCUGGCACCUGGCCAAGCUGUUGGAGCCCCCCGGUAUCGGCCCAGACCCCCCCUCUGCCAUGCAGCUACACUCCAUGCCCUUCAGCGCACCGUGGCAUUCUGGUGGUGACAACAGUGACCCGUCGAUGCAGUGGAAUCAGCUGUCGGGACACUGCAGCACUGAUCACAGUGGCUCUCUGGGCAGUAUGGAGAGUCUGGACCUACCCAGUCAAGGCUAUUAUGAGAACCAGCUCUCUCCAGUGGACCCAGCCAUCUUCAACAACAAGCGGGACUCCGCCUACAGCUCUUUCUCAGCCAGCUCCAACACCUCGGACUGCACAGUGUCACUGCGGCACGGCGAGGCCGGCUCCACUGACAACCUGCUCCAGGGGCUGGGCCGCAAUGGCGAGAGUCGCCCUCUGCUGGUGGGCAGCAUGCUGAACGAGCAGCCUGGCUGCCUUUCCCAAACGCAGGAAACCAAGCCAGCGUCCGUCGGCUGCGAGGAGGAACAGGGUGGCACAGGAGCAGCGCGGGGGUGCCCACAGCCCCCCAUGCGCAGGGACAGCUUCCGGGCUACCAGGGGGCAUGUGGAAGCCCUAGACAAGCCCUCUGCCAAUCAUUCAAAUUCACCUGAAUGUCACACUGAAGAUCCACCCGCUGACCGGGACCUGAGUCCAAGGAGUUACCAGUGUGACUCGGGUGGCAAUGACGGGUGCGAGGGCGUUGGCCUGGAGCAGUACUAUACCCUCAGCUACAGGGACAGCAGCCCAGCUACAUGUCUGUCCGCCCCUGAGGCAGGCUCGCUGACCCCCAGUCCCACGCCACCAGAUGGUCAAAGCAGGGGGGGUUUUCAGACCUCCCUGAGGCAGCAUCUGACUGGAGGGCACAGGCACAGCGCCCCCGAAAAGCUCCUGUCUGAUCAGUUGCAGCAGCUGGAACUCUCCAGAAGGCUGUCCCGUCGCACUCCCUCACCCGGCCGCCAAUGUCCUGGGUCUCCUGCAAAGGAGCAGCCAGAUGUUCUCGAAAGCGGCCUCCAGGCCUCAAGGAGGUUGGAUGGAAGCAGGAGCUCCACACCUGCAUUGGGGCAGGAACCGGAACCUUCCGGAGAGCGUGUCCCGUGCACAUGGGGCCGCUCCCUCAGCGUGCCUGCAGGGACAACUGACGAAAGAGAGGGAAAACCCGAGGAAGCCUCCUCGCCGGUGGAAGUGCAGGCCGAGGAGUAUAAAGGCGCCGAACCGCAGCCCAAGCCUGGCUCGUCCCGACAACGCCGUUUGGCAAGGUCGCGGCGUCGCAACGAACGCUUCGCCACCAAUCUGCGCAACGAGAUCCAGCGCAAGAAGGCCCAGCUGCAGAAGAGUCGGGGGCCCGGUACACCUCUUUAUGGGGACGAGACUGUGGAGGAGGAGGAGAGUGGGGUCGAGUUACAGGAGUCAGAGGCUGCCUGCCCACUGUCUGCCCCCAGUGCGCCAGCCCUACAUGAUAGACUGUCUGCCCCUCAACCAUGCCCCCCAUCUCCAUCCACCAAGACCAGGUGUCCUCCGCCAGUGGCCCAGCGACCUCAAAUGAUCAGGCCUGCUUGUGCCCAAGUGGCGGAUGAGCCUGGCUCGGCAGGGAAGGUGCGGCGUUGGCGCUGGACGCCGGAGCAUAAACUGCAGCCCGAGGCAGCGCCUGAGCAGCAGAGUGACACGGGGGCACGGCCGAGCAGGGGCAGGACCACCUCCUCGCGCUCCUCCAGAACUGACGAGUGUGACAUCCUCCCGUUCGCUGACAGGAUGAGGUUCUUCGAGCAAACAAGCCGGAGCGUCUCGAUGUCCAGCCUACCGGGCUCCCAGGCACAGAAUCAGCGACACCACAGCUUGACCCGAAUGACCCCGCCGUGGAACACCUUGGUGACCAAUCAGAGGCGGUAUUCCUACCAGGGCUGUGCCCAGCGCCCUGCUGAGGGUCAUGGGCAGCGUGUGAGUGAGCGAGAGGAAGUCCGCCCCCCACCGGGAACCAAGAAAGACACUAGGCCCCAAAACCAUGCCCAGAGUUAUCCUCAACCACCCACAGAGCACCCAGAGUCCAGACACCCCCGGUCUGCCUUCCGCCCGGUGACCGCCCUGGGGUGUCAGGGCCGCCAGCCUUUGCACCCUGGGUACAGAUCCAUGCCAACAGAGGCACAUCCCUUGAAGAAGAAGGAACAAACCAACCUGAGCCGGAACUACAGUCUAACAGAAAGAGACAACCCUCGCUACAAAAGAGACAUCCAGCCAGCAGAUGGCGCUGGACAUCUGGGCUAUGAGAGUCGCUGGGGUGACUCCAAAGUCACUGCAGGGGAGCAGUGCUUGCAGCAAGGCCGUGCCCUGUCGGAGAAUGACGUAAGGCUGGGUGUGUGGCGGCCACGUGCACCCACGGGGGAGUUUGCGGGGCCCGUGCUGAGUGAGCUGGAGGAGAGCAGCCCAGGAUGCAGGAAGAAGAGGCUUCCUCCUCCCAGGCCACCGCCGCCCAACUGGGCAGAGUUCCACCGCCGGCGGGCGUCCCAACAAAACCUCUUCACGACCCCGUCGCCUCCCCCACCCCGGGACGCCCCUGGCCCCCAGUGCUCAGGCCCCCCUCGCAGAGAGAGCCCCCUACAGUCUGACCUUGAUGUGACCCGGCAGCGCUCCCACAGCCUGCCCCUGGGAGUGGAGACUGGGCAGUGCCAACGAUGUUCCCAGGAACACUUGGCCCCCGUGUGUGGCCCCACCUUCCCACAUGGGGCCUUUCGGCCAGUGGCUCCGCCGCCGAAGGAACCCGAACUGCCAAUCCAACACCCAGACCCACCCAGGCUGACCAACAGGCUCCGCCCAUUGGCAGAGCCCUGUCAAAGGUCAUGUGACUCAGGGACUGCAGGCCUUGCUGGUGGAGACCGGCCUACCCUCCUGAAACCUGUCUCCAUGGCGCAGCGUUGCACAGCGGAGUGGGACAGGAGGCCCCCGCAGGGUGGUCAUUGUGGGCCUUGGGACCCCGUGACAGGUAACACCCCCCACCAUAUGACAUCACCAUACGAGGCCAGAACCUCCACAAAUGCCACGACGUGGCACCAGGGGGAGCCGUGCAGCCUGCUGUCCACCAAGGAGACCGAACUCAGCCCUGCAUGCCCAGAGGAUAGCCAGCCGUUCGAGACGGACAUCGACGAGUUCCAGGACAGCUGCGGCGAAGACGAGGCUACGUUAGAGACGGAGGUGCAGGGUUUCGCUCAGCCAGCCAUGGUCCUGGAGACGGACAUAGACGUGCUGUCAGAGACAGAGCCCCGCCCACCCCCCUCUAUUCCCAGACACCCAUGCUGUCCGACAGAAGCCCUGUCGGCCGCCGACACCGAGUUUGGGAAUCGUGCUGACCUCCUGGCAGAGCUGCUGCCCCCUGCUGGACAGGAAGAGCAGAGGGCAGAGAUGUGGAGAGGUUGCCACCGCGUUAGCUUGGACAGCCUGGAAAGGCGGUCCAGACAGGGGCCACCUGGACCUCAGAUCUCGGGCCCCGGGCAUACCCACUGCUGCCCCGCAACCUGCAGUGCUAAGGAGCUGUCAGGGGGAGGCGACGAGGAGGACGACCAGGAGCUCUCCUAUAAGAAGCAGCUGAUGGAGAGCUUGAGGAGGAAGCUGGGGGUACUGAGGGAGGCGCAGCGGGGCCUGCAGGAGGAGGUGCGUGCCAACGCGCGGCUCGGCGAGGGGGUGGAGGCGCUGGUGCUCGCUGUGUGCAGGCCGGGUGAAGUGGACAAGUUCCGCAUGCUGGUUGGGGACCUGGACAAGGUGGUGAGCUUGCUGCUGUCGCUGUCGGGUCGGCUGCUGCGCGUGGAGAGCACACUGGAGGCCCUCGGGCCGGACGCAGGCCACCACGAGAAGCUCCCCCUGCAGGAGAAGAAGCAGCAGCUGCUGAGUCAGCUGGGCGAGGCGCGCGAGCUGAAGGAGCACGUGGACCGGCGGGAGCAGGCGGUGUGCCUGGUGCUGAGCCGCUGCCUCACGGCCGAGCAGCUCCGCGACUACAGCCACUUCGUCAAGAUGAAGGCUGCCCUGCUGGUGGAGCAGCGGCAGUUGGAGGACAAGAUCCGAUUGGGCGAGGAGCAGCUGCGCGGGCUGAAGGAGAGCCUGGGGCUGGGCCUCGGGCUGCCCCUGGACCUGGGCUCUGGCUACUACUGACUGCCUGGCUACAGUGACCAUUUUCCCCUGGGCCUGGGAUCAAGGUGUCUGCUAACUACAGGGCUACUUACGAAGGUGCUACUAACAGCUUGGGCUCCAGUCAUCACUGACCGCCGUCAGUGGACCCAGACAGGAGCCCCAGCAAGCAGCCAGUCAUGGCUUUCAGCUGCUAGUGUUUGCAAACACUCAGGCACUGUCGUCCGCAGUUCUCCAACCAGGACCGCUACUGAGUCCCGUCCCUGUCCCAGUGCCAUCUGACGUGACAGACGCACACCUUUCUGGACCUGGCCCGGCUCCCAUCACAGCCAGAACCCCCAUGGACACACGCUAUCUCACAGUGCAACACUUAUGCUCCCGUUUCCUGCGCUAUUUCUGGAGUGAGAUUUUUCCCAGCGGGCUGUGUGGGUAGACGGCGGAAAGCCGUAACUAGAAUGUUCCAGACGGUGACCAGAAAUGCAGAAAAAUUCUCAGAAUGCAAUUAAUAGGAAACACUAAUUUAGUGGUUCAGCAGGUGGCGCUGUGGCCUCACACCUUCAGGGUUGUGGUUUUGCUUCCUGUCCCCGCAUCGGGUUUACUGGAGUUUGUAAAUUGCUCAUAUUGUGUAUGUUCUGUACCAACUGGCAUUCUGUCCAUGGUGUCCCCCGGCCUAUUCCCUGUGCUUCCUGGGAUAGGCUCCAGUCCCACCACAAUCUUGUCCCGGAGAAGCGGAGAUGGAAAAUGGAAUGGAUUGGGUCAUUUUAUUCUAAAAUCUCAACUGAGUACCAAAGGGCUUUUAUUAAGCAUUCACGGUUGCAGUUCUGGAUCUCCCCAAAACUUGGAGCAAAGUCUGAGCUGUGUGGGUAUCCGGUGCCUGGACAAAUCCUGCAGAUAGAGGUCUGUUGUUCUGGAUCAGCAGUCGGCCCAGAAUGAACCUCCUCUCCCACGUGUCGGAAGCACGUCUUCAUAUGUAUGAGGCUCCCGAUCUCACUAUUUAUUUAUUUAUUCGUUUGUUCUCUAAAGCCCCCACCAUGUUUCUCACAGACCCACUGGCAUACUGACUCACCCCGUCCACAGACCGGCCUCCCAAAGCUGUGGUGAGUCCUAGGAGACCAGUUCCCAUGCCUGACUUUCUGCAGGAUACCAAAGUUGAAUUAUUUGUGUAUUUUUGGUUCCAGAAAAUACUGUAUGUAGCUUUUAGGGCUAUGAGGACUUUAUUGUAAUUUCGUCUAAAGCUCAUGGGCACUGCAGCGUUUUGUAUAUUUGUACAGUCGUUUUUUUUUGCAGAGCAGACUAGAGUUUGUCGGUCGACACGGAUAUUUACUGACUAUCGUUUAGAAUUCAAGUUGCUGUUUUUGGAUGAGGAUGAGCUAAUCCUGGUAGGGACUCUGUUUCUCACCGUUAACCUGCGGGGCACAAACUGGAUGCAAUCCAAUAGAGAGAAAUUACAAUGCUGCUUAUUACUAUUGCCUUAUAAAUGUUUGCUCCAAAAAAUUCUCUGUGUAUUAAUUUUAUUGUGAUAUCAGUUCAGUUCAGAAGUGCUGAGAGUCAUUUUGUGCCUAAGCAGAAUGUAAGUAUAUAACCAUUAUGCACAUUAUGUGGACUCUGUACCCGCUGUACCCACUGUACCCGCUGUACCCGCUUGCACCCGAACUAGUUAUGAAUGGCUGUAUACCAACAGAAAGACCAUUCACUGUUUUUUUAUGACUAUAUGUAUCAUAAAUAAUAUUUAAUCAAAACA